AUGGCUUCGCGACUGCUCCUGCCUUUGCUGGUGGCUGUCGACCUUGUCACAGCCCAAGGAUUGGGAGGGCUGUGGCCUGUGCCUCAGCCCACCUUCACCUCUGGCACCACGCCCCUGUUCAUCAACCAGGACAUCAAAGUCACUUAUAACGGCGCAUCUGUACGGUGGUCUACUCGCGAGAGCUCCUUGUCCCUCGAAGAUGAUUUGUAUACUAAGAAUGCUUUCCAAACACAGCUGACCCAACAAGACAUCUUUGAGCCGGCCGACCUGACCGCCUCCGACAUCACAGCCGCUGGCGUCAGCAGGGCCCUGGACAACAUUUUUAACCAAAACUUUGUGCCAUGGAUGCUUGUUCCACGGAACUCGCUCUCGAGCUAUGAGCCGGCGGCCAACGCCUCCGCCGCCACCGUUUCUAGUCUGGAAAUCACUCUGACCGGCAGUAACACCACUUUUGAUCCCAUAACGACAGACGUCGACGAGGCGUACAGCUUGAGCAUCGGUGAGGAUGGCGCUGCAAAGCUCUCCUCCAAGUCAGCCUUCGGCAUCCUGCACGGCCUGGAGACCUUCUCCCAGCUCUUUUACGAGCACUCCGCCGGAGAUGCUUGGUAUCUGGUCAACGCCCCAAUCGAGAUUGAGGAUUCGCCUGUCUAUGGGCACCGUGGACUUAUGCUGGACACGGCCAGGCACUUCUUCCCUGUGGACGACAUCAAGCGCACCAUUGACGGCCUGUCGUACAACAAGCUGAACAAGCUCCACGUGCACGUCACUGACUCACAGGCCUGGCCCCUCGAGAUCCCAAGCAUUCCCGAGCUGGCCGCCAAGGGUGCUUACAGCCAGUCCUCGGUAUACUCCCCUGAUGACAUCAAGUCUAUCCAGGAGUAUGGUCUUGCCCGCGGGGUGGAGGUCUAUCUCGAGAUCGACAUGCCUGGUCACAUUAGUGUUGUGGGCGAGGCUUUCCCGGACCUCGUCGUGGCCUACGAUGCGAGGCCCUACUUCUUCUACUGCGCGCAGCCUCCCUGUGGCGCCUUCCGACUGAACGACUCCAACGUGGAAACUUUCCUUGGCAACCUGUUUGACGACAUCCUUCCGCGUGUGGCCCCUUACUCCAAGUACUGGGGCACCGGCGGAGAUGAGCUGAAUGCGAAUGACUCGAGAUUCGACCCUGGCCUGAACACCAACGACAGCGCGGUGCUCCAGCCCCUGCUGCAGACCUUUGUUGACAACCAGCACACUCGCGUGCGCAAUGCGGGCCUGACUCCCACGGUCUGGGAGGAGCUUGUGACUGAGUGGAACGUCACCCUCGGAUCGGACGUGGUAGUGCAGUCGUGGCUGGGCGGUAGCGCUGUUGCCGAGAUCGCUGCCAAAGGCCACAAGGUUAUCGACAGCAAUUACAACUUCUGGUACCUUGACUGUGGUCGCGGCCAGUGGCUCACUUUCGGCAAUGAGAUAUGGUCCCAGUUUACGCCAUUUAAUGACUGGUGCGGCCCAACGAAGAGCUGGGAGCUUGUCUACUCGCACGACCCAGCCGAGGGUCUCAACGGCACAGAGGCGGAGCUCGUCCUUGGCGGUGAGGUCGCCGUCUGGUCCGAGACCAUCGACAGCAACAACCUCGACAGCCUCGUAUGGCCCAGGGCCGGCGCCGCCGGGGAGGUCCUCUGGUCGGGACGAACCGACGCGGAAGGCCAGAACCGGUCGCAGGUCACGGCGGCCCCCAGACUGAACGCGCAGAGGCAGCGUUUGGUGAGCAGGGGCAUCAGGGCGAGCCCGAUCCAGAUGGAGUGGUGCCUUCAGUACCCGAACGCAACGGGCUGUGAAUACCCAGCCGCCUAG